AUGGAAAACAUUCAACCUUCAGGCUCGGUCAAGAUGCGAGGCAUUGGAAACUUUUGUUAUAAAGCUGUAGAAACAAGAGGAACAGAUAUACAGCUGGUAUGUGGAUCUGGUGUAAACACGGUCUUGGCUGUUGCUUAUUGUGCCAGGCAAUUAAAAAUUAAAGCGACAAUAGUUGUACCAAAAGCAACACACUCUUCGAUAUGUGAUUCAGUAAAACUAGAAGGAGCUCAACUGAUAUUGUUUGGAGACAGCUGGUCUGCCGCAGAUUCUCACGCAAGAAGAUUGGUGAAAAGGAAUUGUGUUUAUGUGCCUUCUUCAGAUCAUGAAGAUAUCUGGCAGGGCCAUUCAAGCAUCAUUUAUGAACUAAAAGCUCAACUUCAGGAUAAUAUCCCAGCAGCCAUCAUUUGUCCUGUUGGUGGUGGUGGAUUAUUAAAUGGUGUCAUAACAGGUCUACAAGAAGUCGAUUGGAAAGAGGUCCCUGUGAUUGCAGUCGAGACACAUGGUAGCAACUCUUUUCAAGCAUCUGUCGUGGCGGGAAAGCUGGUCACAUUACCCAAGAUUACAACCAUUGCCUCCAGCCUGGCGUCAGAGACAGUGUGUGCCAAAUCCCUUGAACUCAGCUUAAUACAUCCAGUUGUUCCAUUUGCUGAUUACAAGACCUUGGUGGAACCUGCUUGUGGUGCUGCCCUAUCACUAUGCUAUACAGAAAUUGUUCGAGACAUCCUGCCGUCAUUAGAACCAGGCAGCGAUAUUAUUGUGUUGGUGACAGGUGGAUCUGAUAUUACACUCAAUCAAUUAGACGAAUAUCGAAAGAAAUAUCUAAAACCACCAGUGAUAGUAAAGAGUGGCAGUGAAGUGUUUCUGAAAAUGGAUGAUAAACUAUCUCAUGUGAGUGAUCUCGAUGGAAAUGACCCUAUGGGCAUCUCAAAGAAGGCGACAUCAUCAAAAUAA